AUGGCGGACUCCAAUGAUGACUCAACAGCCAUAAAUGUAGAGGGGGAAUCUGGUAAUGAAGAUGGAGCAAGUUCAAGAUGGCCAACACUAGAGGAGAUUCUUAGUACACAUGAGGAGCCAGCAAUAUUCCUUCCAAAUUGGGAUAGAGUAUUUACGAUAUCAUGUGCAUUUGCCGUCUUCCUCGAUCCUUUUUACCCUUACAUUGUUAACAUAACUGGGGAUUCGACGUGCUACUAUUGGGACGAAAAGUUGAUGUGGGCAUUUAUUGGUUUGCGAUCAGCCGCAGAUCUCUCUUAUUAUGCGGACAUUGUUUGGUUCUAUAUCCGUCUGCGAAUUAGUCCGGAAAGAAUAGCACCUUGGAUAAGAGAGCUCCGUAUAAGAGAGCUCCAUAAGCUGCUACCCCUUCUGCCUCGUACUUUUGCUGCACUUCCCUUUCCACAGGUAGUAUUACUCACCGGAAAAUAUACAAGCUUUGAUAAUUUUAUUUUACUAAUAAUCUUCACUCCGGCCCAAUAUUCUCUACGGGUUUAUCGUGCGUACGGACUUUUUAAGCGGGCUCCUAACAUAGAAACUGGAAUAGGAAGAUGGCUUAGAGCUAUAUUGGGUUUUCUUCCCUUCAUCCUUGCUGCUCAUUGCAACCUAAGUUCACCGAAUCUUGGAGAAAAGUUUGUUCAAUGUUUUUGGUGGGGCUUACGAAAUCUGAGUGGCUAUGUUGCAUCAAAACCCUAG